UUUAAAAUGAGCGUUACAGGCAAUUUAAACGUUGCUGUUGCUAUCAAAUAAUAUUUUGUCUCGGGUCAUUAGUAAGCCGUCUGAUUUUGUAGCUCUGCGUACUACUGUGACGCUUCGUGCGCGGUUGACCACAUCGGGGUUCGAACUCCCGCUGCCACCGUUUCAUGUAGUGGGAGUCGAGUGCCGAGGCCGCUCAAAACCUGUUUUAAGGAUUGGGGAGUUGGGUUUCUUAACGUACAUCCGCACCGCCUAGCUUAAUGUGAAUAUUUUCAGAAUGUACUUAUAAUAAAAACAAUGGGACCAUUUUGGGAUAGUGACUCAUAGCUUAUUACGCCACGAGUAUACUGGAAGGAACUAAGGAAGGGCGCGUGUGUAGCAGGGUAGGACGCAUGUGCUGUUAGUAUUGGGACGAGGCCGCUGCUCCUCCGGGGUAAACCUAACUUUGUGGUGCACUUGAGCACGUAAGUUGUUCGAUCAACCAGGGAACAUUGCCAAUGUUUUCUAUGUGCUUCACACGUGUAGAUGGACUUAGUGCGUGUGUGCCGGUCCAAAGGAUCGGAUGAAAGAGAUUGUACCGGAAACUGGGAGCUGCUUCAUGCUUAGAUCACUACAAAGUUGCUCUACUGUUAGCAUCGCCGCCCGACGUUUUCCGAACCGAAUCGAGGCCGUUGCCUCGGAACCAGCACAUCGCUACUGUUGACGAAACUAUUCGCAGGAAAACAACAUUUCCAUAAAUUUGUCCUCGGAACGCUCACUGGCUGCUGGGAGCCGGCUGUUGCGCUGUCAGCAGAAGCUAAUGGCAGCAAGGAGACGAGGAAGGAAACAAGGGGAUAGGAGUUCUUACAGUCAUCAUGACAGCGUGGUCCUCGCUCUGCUGACCGCAAAGUCACCCCCAUAGCCCGCUGCAGUUACUGUCUUCUCAUUGGUGGAAGGUGGUUGUCUGUCAACAUGGAGCUGACCUAUCAGAAACUGCCCGCUCAGCUGAGGCGGAGCUUGCGGCUCAGGCGCCUGGCGGCAGCUCUGUUAGCUACCUACGCCAUCAAAAAGUUGUUGCCGUACGUCUGGAGGAGGACCCAGGGGAGGACUGAGCACACUGUGGGCUUGGUCAAUGACUCCACUGCCUCAAAUGUCGACAAGCUGACGGGGAACGACAAGAGGUGUCCAUCAGUGAACAGGGAGUUCAUCAUGCGACUUUCUGGCCUGUUGAAGUUGUUGUUUCCACGGUUACUAUGUCCUGAGGUGGCUGUGCUCAUCAUACACUCGCUCACUCUGAUGUCCAGAACUUUCUUGUCCAUCUAUGUUGCCACUCUGGAUGGCAUGAUCGUCAAGUGCAUCGUGAAGAAGGACCCGCGUGCCUUCUUACUGCAGCUCCUCAAGUGGCUUCUGGUGGCUGUUCCCGCCACCUUCAUCAACAGCGCCAUCAGGUUCCUGGAAGGUCAACUGACCCUUCGCUUCCGGAGCCGGCUGGUCACCCACGCUUACCAACUUUACUUCAGCAACCAGACGUACUACCGAGUCAGCAACAUGGAUGCCCGUUUGUCCAACCCGGAUCAGUCACUGACAGAAGACAUCGUCAUGUUCUCCACCUCGGUGGCCCACCUCUACUCCAACCUAACGAAGCCCAUCCUGGACGUGGCUGUCACUGGCUACACGCUGCUGAGAACCGCCCACGCCAAAGGAGCCAACACCACAUGGCCCUCGGUCAUCGCCGGCCUGGUGGUGGCACUUACAGCCAAAGUGCUGCGCUCGUGUUCGCCGCGAUUUGGAAAGCUGGUGGCUGAGGAAGCGCAGCGCAAAGGUGACCUGAGGCACAUGCACUCGCGCAUUAUCGCCAACUCCGAAGAGAUUGCCUUCUAUGGAGGACACCAGGUGGAGAUGGCCCAGCUGCAGAGGAGCUACAAGUCUUUGUCCCACCAGAUCCACCAGAUCCUGGUCAAGCGUCUGUGGUACAUCAUGCUGGAGCAGUUCCUCAUGAAGUACGUGUGGAGCGCCUCGGGCCUGGUCAUGGUCGCUGUGCCCAUCAUCACCGCCACCGGAUACUCCGAACAUGACUCUGAUGAGGUGAAGCAAGCGGCCAUGGUGAUGAAGGAGGAGGAGCUUGUGAGCGAGAGGACACAAGCCUUCACCACGGCCAGAAACCUGCUCAAUGCUGCGGCUGACGCUGUGGAAAGGAUCAUGAUCUCCUACAAGGAGGUCACAGAACUGGCUGGCUACACUGCUCGCGUCUCAGCAAUGUUGGAUGUCUUUGAGGACGUCAGUCAGGGUAUCUACCGGCGCGCCUCAGACAGAGACCUGGGGGUGCCAACAGGGGGAGCAGUGGUGCAGCAAGGCCACAGGGUCUGUGGCCAUCUGGAGAUGCGAGGUCAGGUAGUCAGUGUGGAGAAGGGUAUUCGAUGUGAGAAUCUGCCGAUCAUCACGCCGACAGGAGACGUGGUCGUGUCCAGCCUCAACAUCCAGGUUGACGAGGGCAUGGAUGUGUUGAUCACGGGACCUAACGGAUGUGGCAAAAGUUCUUUGUUCAGGAUCCUCAGCGGCCUGUGGCCUGUUUAUGGCGGUGUUCUUUCGCGACCAGAACCAGAACACAUGUUCUACAUACCGCAGAGGCCCUAUAUGUCCGAGGGGACGCUGAGAGAUCAGGUUAUCUAUCCAGACUCUGUGGAGCAGAUGGCACACAAAGGAAUGACAGACUCGUUUUUGGAGAAGAUCCUUUGCACCGUGCACCUUCUCUACAUCCUGGAGAGGGAGGGAGGUUGGGAGUCCGUCAAUGACUGGAAGGAUGUCCUGUCAGGAGGAGAGAAGCAGCGUAUGGGAAUGGCUCGCAUGUUCUACCACAAGCCCAGCUACGCUCUGCUGGACGAGUGCACCAGUGCAGUGAGUAUCGAUGUGGAGGGAAGCAUCUUCCAGGCUGCAAAGGAGGCUGGGAUAUCCUUACUCUCAAUCACCCAUAGACCCUCCCUCUGGAAGUACCACUCUCACAUCCUGCAGUUUGAUGGAGAAGGUGGUUGGCGCUUUGAGCGUCUAGAUGCGACCACUCGUCUUUCUCUGCAGGGUCGCGGGGAGCCUAUCCCAACUGACUUCGGGCGAAAGGCGGACUACACCCUGAACUGGUCGCCAGUCAGUCGCAGGGAACGUAUAGACACGGACAACCAUUCACACUCUCAUUCACACCGUCACAGAGUGGGAACUGAACCCACGCUGCCUGCACCAAAGUCAGGCGAGUGCACCACUACACCCUUUUCUUUUAACAACUUUCAAUAAACAUUUGAGAACUGA